CUAUAUCUGGUCUCCCCGGACCCUGCAUUCACUAUAUCUGGUCUCCCAGGACUCUGCAUUCACUAUAUCAGGUCUCCCACAGACCCUGUAUUCACUAUAUCUGAUCUCCCACAGACCCUGCAUUCACUAUAUCCGGUCUCCCCAGGACCCUGCAUUCACUAUAUCUGGUCUCCCCGGACCCUGCAUUCACUAUAUCUGGUCUCCCCGGACCCUGCAUUCACUAUAUCCGGUCUCCCCGGACCCUGCAUUCACUAUAUCUGGUCUCCCCGGACCCUGCAUUCACUAUAUCUGGUCUCCCCGGACCCUGCAUUCACUAUAUCCGGUCUCCCCGGACCCUGCAUUCACUAUAUCUGGUCUCCCCGGACCCUGAAUUCA